AUGAGCUCGAAGCUCUAUUCACGUUCCGGCGUUUUUGCCUGGAGUCCACGUGGCAUUCAAACUAAGGGCUUAAUCGUAGCGGAUUUUGCACAGUUUUUCGAUCCCAAUGCGACAUCAAUUGAACAGAAAAUAGACUUCCUCUCUACGAAAGAUGUUUAUGAAAAGGGAAAUUUGACGCCAACUGUUUCAUUUCCUACUAAUUAUCGAUUUAAUGAAUUGGCAUGGACGUCGAUGUGCUCUGAUGCUCAUCCAAACGGAAUCGUUGCUGGUGGAACGGAAGAUGGAACGGUAGUAUUCUUUGAUGCCGAAAAAUUUUUGAGUGGAAACGCUCUUGAAGUAUUGUCGGCGAGAAAGGAUCAUCACGGACACGUGUUAACAAUUGAUGUUUCCCGAGAUGGACGAUGGAUGGCUUCUGGAGGAGGUUCUGGUCAAAUACUACUUUGGGAUUGCGCAAAUCUGAAGACGCCAUUCUCACCUGGAUCACCCAAUUUUCCUGAUCAAGUCAAACUACUGCGAUGGAAUCUCAAAAAUGAAUCUGUUUUCGCAUCAAUCUCGUCAAGAAGAGUCAGUUUCUGGGAUUUGCGUAGAAAUGGAUCACCAGUUUUAGAGUUUGCAGAGAUUCCUGGAUGCGAUUGGUCUUCUUUGUCUUGGAAUCCUUCCGAUGCAUCGCAAUUAAUAAUAGCCAGCCAAUCUCAACAUGCCUCAGUCAUACAAAAAUGGGAUUCUAGGUUCACUUCUACACCCGUCAAAGAAUAUAGGCAUCAUAAUAUGGGAAUCACCAGUGUAGACUGGAAUAAAGCAGACGAUCGUCUCCUCAUUUCUUCUGGAUGUGAUGGACAGGUAAUUAUCUGGAAUCACGAAACUUCUGAAGUUCUCGGAGGUGUCGGAAGUCUACAAGGCGAUUGGAUCAGAAACGUUAAAUGGAAUGAAGAAGAGCCGGCUCAAUUUGCUAUUCAAUAUUUUCAACAUCCAGUUCAAAUAUCUUCAUUAACAAGUCUAGGAACAACGCAACCAGGUGCCGAAGUUCUUGCUGCUCGCGUUUCCGAUCAAUUUGUACCAGCAUGGCAUCGUGCUCCACUCAUUGGGGCAUCAAUUUCUCUCGGUGGCCGACUAGCCACUUUCUGGAAAUCAUUUGAUGUGAUGUCUCAACAAGUUCAUCAUAAUGUUGAGGUAGAAACGAUUAAUAUUGGAGAGGAUAUUGGGGCGGAAGACAUCGCUCAAUACUUGCAUAUAAAAGAUGAUAAACGAAACUUGGGAUGGUACUUGCAUGAGCGAGCAUAUUCCCAUUCAACGGACACCACGGAGGAUGCAAAACUGCAGAAAGAAGUCUGGUUAAUUCUUCUUGCUCUUCAAGAAGGAGCUGGUCGGACUAAAAUGCUUCAUUACCUAGGUCUUGUCGAAUCACAGGACGAUGAAGUUUUUUCUGAUCAGAAUCAGACAACAAUCACAAACUCGCUUUCAAACACACAUCCUACUUCAACAACUGAUCGAUCUGCCCGUAGCACAUCUAUUGUUUCUGCAGCAGAAACAGAUAUUGAUGUACCUGAAAUAUCUUUCAUUGAAAAAUGUGCGGAAGUCAAUUGGAGUUCGCUCGAUACUUCGGGAUGGGAACUUCUUGUUAACACAAUGCGUCAAGACCAUCUCGCAGUAAUUCGUGUGUUGAUGUCAAACAAUCAGCAUGUCGCAGCAAUGAUGUAUUCUGCACAACACGACACUGAACAUUUGACAAUGAUUCUUGAAGAUUAUAACAGAAAAACCAAUAACACAAAUACACUUUCAUCAUUAAUCAUGGCACUCUCGAGUUCUUCAUCGGCCCAUAGAGCAGAAACAUUCGAAAAGGAACAAGUGGAAAAUAAUGCAAAAAUUCAGAGAAUAAAUGCAAUUUCUCAAUCAUUUCCUGAUGUAAAAUGGAGAGAGAUGCUAGGGUUAAUCAUCGCACACGAAACAAGUGCGGAAGACAUCCGGCUUGCUGCUAACAUAAUCGGUACAAAAUGGUUGAACGAAGGAAAAUCCACACGUGCCUGCAUAGCUUUUCUCCUGGGUGGUGACAUUGAUCAAUUUUUGAUUGCUAACGUUUCUUUCUCACAAGUUGAUCGCUUGAAACAGGCGUUGAUUCUUCAUCAAAUCUCAAAGGCGACAAAUUAUUCAGACGGGUUAGAAAAGCUCAUAAUCGCUUUCGCACAUCGUCUUCUACUCCAGGGAGCUGGCGCAACUGCUUGGAAUCUUGUGAAAUGGUCUCAGAAUGGAUCCGCUGAAAUGCAAGAGCUCCAAUGGACGUGCUAUAACGUUGCUGGUGGACGAGAUUGUACUGGAGAUCAGCCACCUUUCAAUCCUUACACUGUUAGUCUACCGGGAACUCAACAACAUAUGACAACCCAACCAGUGCAUCACUUCCCAUCACAGCUCCCUAAUGUCGCGGCACCUCCGAAUCUUCCGAAUGGAUACAAUAGUUAUCAUCCGUCUCGUUCUCAACCUAUCCCUCCACCUAAUGAUUAUUCGGACAAUCGUAGAAACUCCAACAUAGCACCAAUGCCGCCCUCAUCAACUUUCUAUCAAACUCCAUCAUGGGAUCAUAAGCCACCUCCACCCAUGCCUCCAAAUAUGCCUCCACCAAAGCCAGCUGCUCCAGUUACACCGGGAUGGAAUGAUCCUCCACCUAUGGCGUUGAAGCCACUCGAAAACUCGAAGCCGAAGAAGAAUGUAAUGGAAAUUAAUUGGAAACCUGUUGAAACUGCUCCAGCUCCUGGUGGAAUGAUGAUGGGACAACAAAAUGGAUUCGCUGGAGGAAUGAACUAUCAAAAUGGAAUUUCUCAUGCCAUGCAAGGAAUGGCUAUUCAAAAUCCUCAAUCGUCUGCUCCAUCGUCAUCAUUCCCAUCUCCUACAGCUUAUCAACAACGUCCGCCUUCUGUUGCAUCCGUUGUUGCUGCUCCACCACCAAUCCAACUGUCUCCAGAAGACGAGAAACUCGUAGAACCAAUAAAUGCACUGGCUCAAUUUAUUGUGGAAAACUCGAUAACACAAGCUAAAACCGAAAAAGCAAACGAUUUGAGAUCUCGUAUUCAGACAGAGCUCUCGCCAAGGCUAUCUGCUAAUCGGCUUUCCGCAGAAACAAAACAACAUUUGUCUCAUUUGGCCUAUUUCCUCUCUAUGCGGCAGAUUCGGGAAGCUCAAGCAGUCGUAGCUCAGAUGGCUCGGAAUUCCAGUGAUUUCACGGAGAUUUCAUCGUUCCUACCAGCUCUGAAGUCGCUUCUCUCUCUGGCUCUUCAUUAA